CGGAGGUCGACGCAGCUAUGACAACAUGCUAUAGCAGAUUCACCCUCCCAUUUCCACGGUUUACAUAGACCUUAGCUUUAGCCAGCGUGCACCAGCUCAAGCAAUUCAACUGGAUAAAAGAAAUUGUUUAGUGCGUAGAGGAACUCAGAGAAGCGUGUACACGAACUGUGAAAAAAAACGGCGUGAAUUGGACAACAUACAAAGGAGUUACGAACAUAAACAGCAGGUCUUAAGAAACCAAUGUAAAAAAGCCUUUGUGGAUAAUACAGAAGCCAUGGAGGUCAAGUACAUGUCAGCUAAUAGCGGAAUACGUGAGCAACAGCCCUUUGAAGAGGGACGGACUCAAAAAAAAUACGAGAUGGCUCCUCAUGCAUGGAAUGAGGAUACUGUUCCAAAUCGAACCGAUACGGAGGAGGGGAGGUUUAAUGAAAAGAAUGAUGAACUGGUGAUCACACCAGAGGAGCUUGAGAAGCAACGGCAACGAGAAAUACGCGGUGCUCGUAUUAUGCCUUUACUCGAUCUCCAACGAAAAAGAAUUCGGCCUCAAACACAUCAAACGAAGGGACGUUAUAACAUGGAGGAUUUUUCGUUUUCUCGGACUCUCGGUACGGGUUCGUUUGGCCGAGUUCAUUUGGUGCAGUCAAAACAUAACCAUCUCUUUUACGCCAUUAAAGUGCUCGAAAAGCGAAAGGUUGUUGAAAUGAAGCAGGUGGAGCAUUCGUGUGAUGAACGACAAAUCCUUUCGCGUGUACAACACCCGUUCAUCACUAUUCUUUGGGGCACAUUUCAGGAUGCACGGAAUCUAUUUAUGGUAAUGGAUUUCGUGGAGGGCGGCGAGUUAUUUUCUCUAUUGCGGAAAUGUCAUCGGUUUCCCGAGCGAGUUGCUCGAUUUUACGCUGCAGAAGUUAUUUUGGCACUCGAUUAUCUGCACCACAACCAGAUCGUGUACCGUGACUUAAAGCCGGAAAACCUUUUGCUUGACCGUGGUGGACAUGUCAAGAUUGUCGAUUUUGGCUUUGCAAAAAAUGUUUCUCAAGGAAACUGCUUCACACUCUGCGGAACACCGGACUAUCUUGCUCCCGAAAUCAUUUCCUUGAAGCCCUAUAAUAAGGCCGUGGAUUGGUGGUCUCUGGGCAUCCUAUUGUUUGAGAUGUUGGCUGGAUAUCCUCCGUUUUACUCAAACAAUCCUAUGAAAUUAUACGAAAACAUCCUCGAAUCUACAGUGAAGUACCCUUCACACUUUUCUCCCUUGGCAACAGACCUUAUUUCUCGGUUACUGCAGCGUGAUCUAUCUAAGCGGUAUGGUAACCUAAAGAACGGCAGCUUAGAUAUUAUUCUUCACCCAUGGUUUGAGGAUAUCAACUGGGAAUCUAUCCUUACUCGUAAAGUUGAGGUACCUUAUGUACCGCCCAUCCGUGCUGGCACUGGCGACUCGAGCCAAUUUGAAGUUUAUGCUGACGCCCCUCUUGAUUAUGGAGACAACACGUCGCCCCAGUUCACUGAGUUGUUCCAAGACUUUUGAUUGUUCAAAAAGUUACACUACUUUCGCACUCUUAUCUUUUUUUGUAACGCUUCAUGACUACGCAUUGCAUUUUAUUUCUCUCUCGGCAGCUCCUAUGUGUGUGAGCUUGUAUCUCGUCAACAUAGAAUGUUUUCUUUUAAUGGUUUACUUGCAGCGUUUGAGAUAGCGGGUACAUUUUCUUUUCCUUUUUUGUUUCCACUCAGAAGAACAUUUAUACUUGACAGUUAUUUGGUAAACUUCCUUUUCUCUUCUUUUAAAAGUCAGAACAUUAAGUGUCUGUUUUUCGUUUAUUCCUGUUUCACGCUUUGCUGUACUCAUUAAUUUGGAAGAAUAAGCAGAGCAAUUGACUGUGACAAAAAAUAGCGGCAUUUUUCUUGCUUAUUUUUUACACGUCGUUCUGCCUUAAGGAGGGGCUGCUAUGAGUGGGGCAGGAAAUUGUCCAUUUCCUGCUAGUCCAAUUGGCUGGUAGAGUUACAAAUCAACAUAUUCAACUUCUCGUUGCGGAGAACGGGAAUUUGACUUCACGCUGUACAAACCAAGUCUUAUUGUGGGGUCUAUCUCCCCUAUAUUUUUCGAAAAUUACUGCCGUGCCGGAGGAGCAAUAAAAUCAAAAACUCAACCAUAGCGGUUGAAAUUGGAGGAGGAUCUUAUAUACUUACCAUUUAAUGAAAGCUGCGAUAUGAAUUCUCGAUAAAACUCGAGUCAACUCUAUGUUUAAUGAAGUGAUGACCACUGAGGUCAACAAGUGGUUGCUUAUUUACGUGGCAUCCCUUCUAUCGAGUGACAUCCUUGUCCUUCUUCUUUAAGAGCUAAUUUAUUUCUCGUCUAACACGCCCCGCCCCCCUUUGCUCCAUUUAAAAAUGUAUUUCUCAAUUGCCGAAGAAAUGUCAUAGGAAAUUUACUCAACCUUCGUCAUUGCCUUUCUACUUAAUGGACAUGUUUUGUAGUAGUGAGACAGCCCCGUUACACCUUAAUAAUCUCCAACCCGUACAAAUUAGGAAAGGACUAUGUUGUGACAAACCCACACACAGCUUUAUCAUCACUAUUCAUGUUAUUUAUACAUCUCUCGUCGAGUAAGAAAGAGAAAAAGAAAGAGAAAAAAAUAGACAGAAAAUGGAAAACAGCAAUCAACCAAAAAUCACACACCAGUGGUAAAACCAACAAACGUCUAAAGUAAUAGUAUGUCUCUGGGUGUUUGGAACGGAAAUAAGAACUCUACAGGAAAUCCAUCAUCAUUACAGAUACGCAAAGCUGGGGGAGGGUAGUAAGCUGAAGUAGAUGGAUAAUUUUUGACCAUUGAGCACGGGGUACAUACACAAUUUGGUAGGAGUGAAUGAAGAACAUAGACAGUAUUAGCGGUAUAAUGAACGCAUACUUUUAAGGAAAAUGAAGUAGCGUUGCGAAAUAAUAGAUGCACUGAACACGUCAUUAUGGCUUGGUUCAUACAAU